AUGGAGAAUAAUGAUAUAAUAAAAAAUAAAGAUGAAGAAAUUUUGAAAUUACGUAAAUUAGCUGCUAUAUUUAAAAAUGAAUGUAAAAAACUAAAAGAAGAAAACGAAUAUUUAAAAAAGGAUAUGUUAUUAAGUACAAAAGAAAUUAGUGAUAAUACGAAUGAUGAAGAUGUAGUUUUAAAAUUUAAAAAUGAAUUUAGUAAAAGAGUUGUAAUUGAGAAAAGUUAUAAAAAAUUAAAAGAGUUUACAUUAUUAUUAGAAAAAAAAAUUAGAAAUCAAAAAAAUGAAAACAAUGAAAAAUGUAAAGUCUUAGAGGAUAAAUUAAAUGAAUGUAACAAAAAUUUAGAAAUAUAUAAAAAUGAAAGUGAAAAAUUAAAAGAAGAAAUUAAAGAAAAAAAUAUGACAAUAUAUAAAUUAAAUGAUAAAAUUGAAGAAUUUAAAAUGUACAUAAAAGGGGAAAAAAAUAUGAAUUCUUUAGAAAGUAAAAUUGAUGAGACAAUUGAAUAUAAAUUAGAAAUAAAAAAAUUAAAAGAAAAUAUUGAUUUAAUAAAAAAAAAUGAUGAAAUUAAUUCUAAAGAAAGACAGCAAUAUAAAAAUAUGAUUAUUCUUUGUUCUCAAUAUAAAGAAAAAUGUAAAAAGUUACCAAUAUUAGAAAGUAAAAUUGAUAUACUAGAAAACCAAAUAAAAGAAUUAGAAUUAUAUAAAAUUCGAGAUAAAGAAAAAUUUGAAAAUAUUAAAGAAUUAAAAAAUUGUAAUUUAAAAUAUCAAAUAGAAAAUAAUAAAUUAAAAGAACAAUUAAAUGAAUGGAUUAACUUUUCAAAGAUUUAUGUAAAUAACAAAGAAAUAAAUGUUGAUAAUUUAAAGAUAAGCAUGAAUGAAAUAUAUAAUAAAUAUAAUCAAGUAAAUUCAACAAAGACAGAUUUAGAAGUUAAAUAUAAAAAACUAUCCAUAGAUAUAGAAAUGUAUAAACAAAAUCUAGAUGAUAAAAUUUUAGAAUUAAAAAUUAUAGAAAAUAGACAUAAACAAUUAGAAAAAAAAUAUGAAUUUCUAAAAAGAGAUUAUAUAAGUGAAGUAAAUAAAAAUAAUAGCUCUAGUAAAAAUAAUAGAAAAAACGAAAUUGUAGAAAAUAAAGAGAAAGAUGAAGGAGAAGAAAAAAAACAUGAAGAACAAGAUAAAAAAAAUGAAAAUACGAUGAAAAUGCUAAGUGAUUAUAAAUUAAAAUAUGAUUCUAUUAAAAAUGAUAUUAUAGAAAAAGAAAAAUUAAUAGAAGAGUUAUGUGAAAAAAUGAAAAAAUAUAAAAGUGAGUUGGAGAAAUCUUAUUUGAAGCAAAAAAAUUCUGAAGCUUUCUCACAGGAACUUUUAUUAUAUGAAAAGGAAAUUAAAUACUUAAAAGAAGAAAUAGAAAAUUACAAAAAUAAGAUCUUGAAAUUAGAAAAUGAUUUAAUUCAUGUAAAUAAUCAAUGGAAUCAAGAUAAUGAAAAAAAUGAUAUUAUUAUAAGUGAGUUAAAAGAAUCAAUAAAAAAAGUACAAUUUGAUAAUAAAAUAAAAAAUAGUACAAAAAAAAAUAACGAAAUUAUAAAUGAAGCGUAUAAUAAAAUAAAUGAUAUAAGUAUCUUAUAUAAAGAUAUUGAUGAUUUAAAAACAUAUGAUCAGAUUGAAUUAACAACAUUACGAAAUGAAAACUUAUAUUUAAAAUCAAAAAUUGAAGUUAUUAAAUUUUUCUAUUCUAAUCAAAUUAAAAAUUAUAGAGAGGCUUUUUUAUAUAUAUUAGGGUGGGAUAUACAAAUUGAACAGAAUAAUGAAGAAAUUUUUUUUAUUUUAACUUCAUUAUUUUCAACACAUGAUGGACAAUUUAUAUUUAUAAAAAAGAAGUGUACUAAUGAAAAAAGAACCUAUGAAAAUCAGAAUGAAAAUUAUCAAAACUUAAAAAAAAUAAGAUUAGAUUAUAAUGAUGAAAAAUUAAAAGACAAUAUAAAUGGUGAAGAUCAAAAAUAUAUGGAAAAUGAAAAGAAAAAUAAAGAAAAUGACAAAGAUAUAAAUAAAAACGAAAAUGAAAAAAAUGAAGAAAAAAAGGAAGAAAAAAAUGAAGAAAAAAAUGAAGAAAAAAAUGAAGAAAAAAAUGAAGAAAAAAAUAAAAAUGAUAAUUUUAAUAACACUGAUGAAAAUAAUAUGGAAGAAAAUUUUUAUGAUGGGAUUAUUAAUGAGCGAAAUGAAAUAGAUACUAAUACAAUUAUUAAAAAAUCAAAUUUAGAAGAUACAAAUAUUAAUAUGUCUACAAUAAUGAAAGGUUGCAAAUAUAAUCUAUUAUUAAAUGGUUAUUAUGGUAUUAAAUGGCAAGAAAAUAUUGAAUGGAGAAAUUACAUAAAUAAAAUAAAUACAUAUCCUAUUCUUUUAUCAUUAUCUUGUAUAGAAGAAUAUAAUUUUAUUAAAUCGCAAUACAAUAAUAGCUUAAGUAAAAAUUACAAAGGAAUGCUUUUUAAAAUAUAA